AUGAAAAACAUUUCUCGUCAUUAUGUAUACUGGCCGGGUAUUGAUGGAGAUAUUGAGGCGAUUUGCCGCGCGUGCAGCGCGUGUCGCGCGGUACGGGACGCGCCACCGCACGCGCCGCUGCAUCCAUGGGAGUACCCGUUGAAUCCGUGGAGUAGACUGCAUGCGGACUUUGCUGAUUGUGGUGGAAAGCGAUACUUAAUUGUAGUUGAUUCACAUUCGAAGUGGAUAGAAGCUAUUUUGAUGAGAAACACGGACGCUCGUACAACUAUUCUAGCAUUCCGAGCCAUAUUUGCACGGUUUGGCUUUCCUGAGCAGCUCGUGACCGACAAUGGUCCGCCAUUCUUAUCUAAUGAGUUUAAGAAAUUUUGUGUAGAAAAUUGUAUUAAACACGUUACGUCAGCACCAUACAGGCCACAAGGCAACGGUGCCGCUGAAAAUGCGGUAAAAACAAUUAAAAAAGCUAUCAAAAGAGCUCUGCACGAAGGCGCGGACGUACCUACCGCUAUUAAUACGUUUCUUUUCCAAUAUCGUAACUGUGAGCAUGCGACUACUGGUGUGUCUCCGGCCGUAGCCCUGAUGCGGCGUCGGCUGCGCGGGCGGCUGGACGCCUUACGCCCUGACCGCGCCGCCGGCGUGCAAGCCGCGCAGGAACGUCAGGUGACGUCGGCUGGCGGUACACCACGCUCCGUCAAUGUUGGGGACGUGGUUUUCGCGCGUGACUACACUUUAAGAGGGGAGAAAUGGUCGGAAGGUAGGAUCAAGUCGCAAACUGGUCCGGUUUCUUAUACGGUUGAUAUGGGUCAGGGAAUCGAAUGGCGAAGGCAUGUUGAUCAAAUAAUUCCGGCCAAUAAAGACCGAUUUUCACUUUCACGUGCAAGUGUUUGUAAUCCGGAUGAACAAUUGAAUGCGCGUGUUAAUAUGCCCGAAGUGGGUGCUGACGAAGCGUUUGAGGAUGCAUCGGACGGUGAAGUUAUGGCAGCACCAGAGCAGCCUCAGACGGAGCACUUUCCCGCUAGCGCGGGUGUCCUGACGCCACCGGUGGAUGCUCCGGCCGCGCCACCGCCCGAUGCUUCCGCCCGUGCGUUGCGCGCUUGGAAGCGGGCCCAAAGGUAG